UCCCGGCCAGUGCCUCUGCUUCCGGCUCGAGUUCUCUCUCCUCACACACGCUUCACCAUGUCCGAGACUGCGCCUGCUGCGCCCGCCGCACCGGCCCCCGCCGAGAAGACACCCGUAAAGAAGAAGGCCCGUAAGGCCGCUGGUGGCGCGAAGCGCAAAGCGUCCGGACCCCCGGUGUCCGAGCUGAUCACCAAGGCUGUGGCCGCCUCCAAGGAGCGCAACGGCGUGUCCCUGGCUGCGCUCAAGAAGGCGCUGGCGGCCGUGGGAUACGAUGUGGAGAAGAACAACAGCCGCAUUAAGCUCGGUUUGAAGAGCUUGGUGAGCAAAGGUAUCCUGGUGCAGACCAAGGGUACCGGCGCCUCCGGCUCCUUCAAACUCAACAAGAAGGCGGCUUCCGGUGAGGCUAAGCCCAAAGCCAAGCGGGCAGGCGGGGCCAAGGCUAAGAAGCCUGCGGGCGCAGCCAAGAAGCCCAAGAAGGCUGCGGGAGCAGCCACCCCCAAGAAGAGCACCAAGAAGACUCCAAAGAAAGCAAAGAAGCCAGCUGCAGCUGCAGGAGCCAAAAAAGCUAAGAGCCCGAAGAAGGCAAAAGCAGCUAAGGCUAAGAAGGCGCCCAAGAGCCCUGCCAAGGCGAAAGCGGUAAAGCCCAAAGCGGCCAAACCAAAAGCCUCAAAGCCUAAGGCAGCUAAGCCAAAGAAAACCGCAGCCAAGAAAAAGUAAAUUUUCUUUGGCCAACUACUUAGCCCAACAACCCAAAGGCUCUUUUCAGAGC